CAACGAUCUUAUAUUUUCUCCUUGCAUGCAUGCUAAACCCACUGAGUAUUGAGACGGAAAAGACUGCGCUAAACCUGAAACCACAGGUCCAAACUGCCUUCCAGACCCCUGAUGUUAUCACUGAGGUUCAGCUAAAGCCUUGUGAAUCUCAGCUGCAAAGAGACGGAGCCAGAUUCUGUGACACACUGCAACAAUGCCCCUGAUCCUGAACCUUCUAACACUGAUCUUGGUGCGGUCCACCGUGGGAGCUCUGCAGGUCGCGAAAGCACCGGACGUAAGAACAGAUGAUAUCAAUACUUUUCUGACUAUUGCGUGGCAAGUAGCCGGCCACAUAAGCCCAAAUUCCAGCUGUUAUGUGUGUGGCCUAAUGCCCUACACAGCUGCAGAUGGUUUACCUCUGAUGGCCGUACCUAUCUCUGACUGUGACACCUGCCAGCUGUUGCGUAUUCCUUUGUCUCAGUCUUAUACUCGAAACGAUUGUUCCAGUCUCUCCAAAAUGAGACCACUAAACUGUUCCAGAGGACAUUCAAACUGCGACAAAUGUUUAAAACCCCCCAAACCUGUUCCCAUACUGCUCACGCCUCAGAAGUUCCCUUGGUGUCUCGAGAAUGACGGCAACACACCUGUUGGAGAAUCAGACUGCCUGCAUACAUUCAAAUGGAACACUAAACAAACCAAUACUGAAUUUAAAUCUCUAGAUUCUGGACGUCAUCAGUGUUUGGAAGCAGCAGGGCCGGCUCGCUUCAUUGCUUUGGCUCACCGCACUGCGAGCUGCUCCAUCUCCUCUCCUGUAGGAAUGUACUGGGUAUGUGGAAACCUUGCAUACCCGCAUCUUCCUGUGGAUUACAAAGGACGCUGCGGCUUGGCAUACGUCAUCCCAGCUAUGAGAGUAACUAACUACCUGCCCCGGAAGCCUCCUCCUAAACGGGUACGACGUGGCACUUCGGACAUCUUUGGGACUCAUAAGCAAUCACCCUUCAAGAACAUAGUUGGUCCCCUCCUUCCUUUCUAUGGAGUUAUGUCUGCGUUGGAUCAAAUCGCAGAUCUGUCUCAUGCAAUAGAAGUCAUAGCUAAUGAAACCAGUAGAGCUCUCAUACUUCUGUCGAGUGAACUCGCCUCUGUCAGACUUCUGGCUUUACAAAACAGAGCAGCUUUGGAUUUUCUUUUAGCAGCCCAAGGAGGAACUUGUUCUGUUAUUGGUUCUGAAUGUUGUACCUUUGUGCCUGAUUACAAUGCUACCAUUAAUGAUAUCGUUAACCACCUUCUUGGUACGGCUAACUCUAUUCACCAGGAUAGUAGCUCUUUAUUUGAUUGGUUUAAACCUAAUUUUGGUUCACUGGGUUAUCGCAUUGUUGAGGGGUUAAUUGUUUUGGCCGUUUUCAUUGUAAUAUUGUCUUUCUUUAUAUCAUGUAUGAAAAAAAUAAUCUUCAGUUUAAAAUAAAACAACUCUUGAUUCUUUGGCACAAGCAUGUCUCUUAAAUUACAUUAAACCGGAACAAUGUGCUUUAAAACACACUUUCAGUAGCAGUAGCCCAGUUCAUGUGGACUUGGCUUGGGAACCAGUGGGUCGCCAAUUCAAGUCCCUACACAGACCAAGUAAGGAGUGUGGACUGGCAGCUGAAGAGGUGUCAGUUCUCCUUCUUGGCACUCAAAGUGCCCUUGAGCAGAGGUCCAAACCCCCUCCAGAGUGCCUUACUUUUGCUGACCCUGCGCUAGCCUUCUCAAAUGUCCAUGUGUGGUGUGUGUAAAAGGAGGAAUAUGCAAAAAGAUACAUUUUAAAAGCCUUGUGUGAAUUUACCUUGUGUAAAAUAUGUGUUGAUUGAAGGAUAAAGAUAUUUAACUUCAUGCUUCAUGACUUUGCCCCAGCCAAC